UACGAGAACAUGAUAUUUAUUUGCCUCAAUAUCUUGUUUCGGGGGUUCGAUAAUUGGAUCGGAUCCACUGCGUGGGAUAAUUCUAUCUCGUUAGUUGAGGGAAAAAAGAACCGAAGCUGGUAUACAAGUAUCGAGAUAACCUGCUUCGGCUGAAAAUUCUAUUCUUUCAAGGUGGUUUUUCCAUGUUUAGUUUAAAAGGUUCAGCCUUGAACCCUAACAAUCCAUUUUAUGCUUCAGACAGUCCGGCAAUUCCUAGUCCAAGCUGCUGGACAAGAGAGUUAUGAUGGAUUUUGAUGAAUACGAGUACUUAGAGAAGACAGUUGAAAAUCCUGAGCUUCAGAGGAAGGAGAAAACCAAUGGUAGUGAUGGAACUCUAAAAGCUGAACAGAGAGACCAUAGUCGGAGUUCAAAGCAUAAAGCUAGUGAGAAGCAUCAUGAUGUUGAUCGUCAUUCCAAGAAAUUAAAAUUUGGAGAUGAUUCUCAUGGUUAUGACAAUCACAAAGAAAGAGGGUCAUCUCGGCAUCGUUCACCAUCCAGAGAUGGAGAUAAGGAGAAAGAUCAGCACAGAAGCUUCCGUGACAAUAGGGAUAGGGUGAGAGAUCAUGAGAGAGACAAGGAGGAGAAGUAUAGUAGAGAGAGGGAUAGACACCAAGAACAUGCCCGUGAACGAGAAAGAGACAAAAGAGACUGGGGGAGUGAGAUUGAAAGAGAAAGGGAGAGGGACCACUCACGGCGAAGCAGAAGUAUAUCUGAAAGGCAUCGGAGUGAUCUGGAUGAAAGAUAUAGUGAGAGGAGUCGUGACAGAGACAGAGAAAGAAGCCAGGACAAGGAUCACAGAGACAGAGAAAGGGAGAGAGAAUCAAAGGAGCGAGACAGGGAUAGCAGACGACAAAAAGAGAAGAAGGAAGAAGUGGCAGAACCUGAGGCUGACCCUGAACGGGAUCAGAGGACUGUGUUUGCUUAUCAGAUAUCUCUGAAAGCAGAUGAAAGAGAUGUAUAUGAGUUCUUCUCAAGGGCUGGCAAGGUGCGAGAUGUUCGCCUGAUAAUGGACCGCAUUUCCCGUCGAUCUAAGGGUGUUGGGUAUAUUGAAUUCUAUGAUGUCAUGUCUGUUCCCAUGGCAAUAGCACUUUCUGGACAGCCACUUCUUGGCCAACCAGUGAUGGUGAAGCCAUCAGAAGCGGAAAAGAAUUUGGUUCAGUCCGCUACAUCUAUAUCUAGCGGAUCCACUGGACUUCUUGGCCCUUAUUCUGGGGGAGUGAGAAGGCUCUAUGUUGGCAAUUUGCAUUUCAGUAUUACUGAAGCUGAUCUGCGUAGGGUUUUUGAAGCAUUCGGUCAGGUUGAGCUAGUCCAGCUGCCUCUUGAUGAAGCUGGGCACUGCAAAGGUUUUGGCUUUGUGCAGUUUGCAUGCCUUGAAGACGCAAGAAAUGCCCAGAGCUUAAAUGGACAACUGGAAAUUGGUGGCAGGACAAUUAAGGUAUCCGCAGUUAUUGAUCAAACUGGAAUGCAAGAAGUUGAAGGAAAUACUGGUGAUUUGGAUGAUGAUGACAACGAUGGUGGUGGCUUGUCCCUAAACGCAUGUUCUCGAGCAUUACUCAUGCAGAAGUUGGAUCGUAGUGGCACUGGAUCAGGUAUUGCUGGUUCCCUGGGUAAUUCUGUUGCCAACAACAUAGGGCUUAAACUACCAGCUACAGCACAAGUGGGAGCUUCGUCUGCGGGUUCUCUACUGGUUUCUCCAAUUGCUUCGGUUCCUUCAGCAGUUGGGUUGCCAAGUGGAAGUCUACAAAUUCCUGCUGCUGCUGCUACAAUUCCUACUAUUGAUACAAUUGGCGUUCCAAGUGGAUGCUUAUUGUUAAAGAAUAUGUUCGAUCCCAAAGAUGAGAAGGAACCAGAUUUUGAUUUGGAUAUUAAAGAAGAUGUUGAAGCGGAAUGCUCUAAGUUUGGAAAGUUAAAACACGUAUAUGUUGACAAGAACAGUGCUGGCUUUGUCUACUUGAAAUUUGAAAAUACUCAAGCUGCGAUACUUGCACAGCGGUCACUGCAUGGGAGGUGGUUUGCUGGGAAGAUGAUCACUGCUAGCUUCAUGGUGCCUCAGGUAUAUGAGGAUAAAUUCCAAGACAGCAGAUAGGAUAAUUAAAAAUGGAGAAGGAAGUCAAGAUGUUUGUUGGAUAUUUCUUUUCGUUGAAAGAGCAGGCCUAGUAAUGGUUACGAGUGGGAAAUCUUUUGGGGCAGUAUUCAUCCUCUAGAUUAUACCAUUCAUGGGUUCCUUAGAGACAAGGUUUACCACUUUACCCAGGUCAUGUCCAAAUCCACAUCAUGGAACUUUCAUUUGCCGUUUGUUGAGUAAAAGGUGCUGUUUCUAGGAUCAGCAGUUAUUUCAGUAAGCUAUUUUUGAGAUGUAGCUUGAGCGAGUUUGAAAUCCUAUUCCUUUGACUCUUCUUGGUUGGUUUUGUUUUUGUCUGAAUACUUGUGACGCUUUGCAACAUUCAUGCACCAAACUUCAGCACAUGGCCAUCUCAUGAAAGUUUUGAUGUGUAAGUUUCUCA